AUGGAUUCUGAACGUGCGAUUGCGACGGCAAACGAAGCAUUCGCGUCAUACGAAGCCACUCAGGACCCGGCAUUGCUCGACGAUGCAAUUGACACCAUGCGGACAGCUAUCGAUUCGGGUCUCUCACCACCGCCUGCGAAACCUGAAUGGGUUGUGAAGCUCGUUUCUAUGCUGGAAGCACGCUUUCAGUGUCUUGGAGAUCUUGCUGAUCUUGAAGAGGGUAUACAGCUUCAGCGUCGUGCCGUUGAACAGACGCCCGAUGGCAGGCCAGACAAACCAACGGUGCUCAACAAUCUUGCCGAAUCCUUGCGUAGCCGCUACGACCAUCUCGGAGACGUCGGCGAUAUCGAGGAAGCAAUUUCUUACGGACGUCUUGCUGUGGCGUCUAUGCCUGACGAUCAUAAGACCAAGCCGCUAUUCCUGCACAACCUUGGCUGUUUCCUACAGCGUCGCUUCGAUGACCUAGGAGAGCUAGAUGACCUCGAAAGUGCUAUAUCUACUAAGCAACUUGCAUCUCGGCUUAUGACUGAUGACCACCCGUAUAGGCCUACCUUGCUCACGAGCCUUGGAGGGUCAUUGUACAGCCGUUUCGAUCGCCUGGGUCAGGUCAACGACCUCGAGAAAGCCGUUGAGCACGAACGUCUCGCCUUGACACUCAUGCCAGACGAUCACCCCGAUAGAUCAACGCUGCUGAGUAAUAUUGGGGACUCUCUGCGCACUCGCUUCAAGCGUCUGGGCCAGAUCGACGACAUCCACGAGGCCAUCUCGCACGGACGCCUCGCUCUCAAUCUGACGCCGGACGGUCAUCCUGAGAGGCCUACACGUCUGACCAAUCUCGGUUGUUCUCUACAAGCCCGUUUUGCGCGCUCUAACGAUCUCGAUGACUUACAGAGUGCCAUCUCCCUUGAGGCCCGCGCAGUCGAGUUGACUGCUGACGGUGACGCAAACAAGCCCAUCUUCCUCAACAACCUGGGCGGAUCUUUAUACGAUCGCUUUGACCGCCUGGGUGACAUUCAGGACCUCGAGGAUGCAAUCUCUCAUGAACGACUUGCAACGAGCUUGACGUCUGAUGACGACUCGGACAAGCCGAUAUACCUCAACAGCCUCAGCGGCUCUUUGCAACGUCGCUUCGACCACCUCGGUGAUCUCGGUGAUCUCGAUGCUGCCAUCACCGCUCAGCGCAAUGCAGUUGAUCUCACGCCUGACGAGCACCCAGACAAGCCAAUGUGGCUGAAUAACCUCGGCGGCUCAUUGCAACGGCGUUUUGAUCGCCUUGGUGACAUCGCCGACCUCGACGACGCUGUCGAGGCCAACCGGCUCGCAGUUGAUCUUGCACCCCAUGGCCACCCCGAUAAGGCGCUUUGGCUCAACAACCUCGGCGGUUCCCUGCAUCGCCGCUUCGAGCGCACGAGCAGCCUCGAUGACCUCGACGAGGCUAUCGACGCCGAGUAUCGCGCUCUUGAUCUGGCGCCCGAUGGUCAACCCACCAAAGCCUUAUGGUUUCACAACCUCGGCAUCUCUCUGCAGUGCCGCUUCGGCUGUACAGAUGACCUCGAUGAUCUUGAAGGUGCUAUAUCCGCGAAGGAGCUCGCCGUAGAGCUCACGCCUGACGGACACGCGGAUAAGGCGAUGCGGCUCAGUAGCCUCGGUGGAUCUCUACGCGUCAGUUUCGAGCGCUAUGGGAAGCUCGGCGAUUUGGACAAAGCUAUCGCUAUCCAACGAUCGGCAAUUGCGCGCACACCUCACGCGCAUCCCGAGAGUCCUUUUCGGCUCUACAACCUCGCCAUCACACUGCGUAGCCGCUUCGAACACAGUCACGAACGUGAACACUUCGAGGAAGCUAUCGAGUCGUUCAUGACGGCCACGACGCAAUCACUCGGGACCCCCGCUAUCCGCUUGAACUCUGCGGUAGAGUGCGUCAAACUACUAUCUCAGCAUACGGAGUUUACCUCUGCGGAGUCCAUCUUACUCGCGCACUCGCGUAUCCUGAAUGUGCUCCCUGAGAUUGUGUGGCUCGGCCACAGUAUCAGUCGCCGAUACGAGGAAUCAGCUCGGCUCGGAGAACUGGUCAACGCAGCUGUGUCCGCGGCGAUCCAGCAUCGUGAUCUGCCCAAGGCCGUUGAGUGGCUAGAGGCUGGCAGAUCGCUCGUCUGGUCACAAAUCCUGUCUCUACGUGCGCCCGCAGAUGACCUCAAAGACCACCAUCCUGAUCUAGCCUCCGAGCUACGCGAAAUUUCUCACGAGCUGCAGCAAUCUGCGAACGCUCCCCACUUUGCACGAGACAAGCCUGAAGAGACUCGUCAUCAUGGGUCCGGGACGGCCAACAAGGCGGCGGAGCACCAUCGAGAGUUGGUCAGGCGCUAUGAGAGCGUUCUGGGGGAGAUCCGCGCGUUUCCUGGGUUCGAGGACUUCUUGCGUCCGGCUAAGCUCGCCAGUCUCAUGUCUUCGCUCGAACAUGCAGAUGGACCGGUGGUCUUCAUCAAUGUUCACUCUACAUCUUGCGAUGCUUUGUCGCUUGCUCCUGAUGGCUCUAUCGUCCACGUGCCUCUACCCCAGCUCAGCGAGAGUCGGGCUCAUACCUUGCGCACUGCUUGGAUGCGGAAUCUCGAGCUUUGUCAUACGAGAACGCGCGCUGCUAUGGCUCCCGAUAUGGUUGGUCCCCGCGGGAGCACCAACAUAUUCGGUCGCGCUAUGGGGCGCUUAUGGACGUGGAUGGUCUGUCCGAUCUUGCAAGCGCUCGAUCUAAUGGUUGAAGAAGAAAUGACUACGAGCGCAGAUCGUCUGCCGCACAUCACCUGGUGCCCGACUGGCCCACUAACGCAGCUCCCUCUGCACGCCACAGGCCUAUACGAUGCCACCAAGCCGGACCAACCUCAUCUGUUCGACUACGUCGUGUCAUCAUACACUCCAUCCCUAUCCGCGCUCAUACAUUGCCGGGGAACGUUCCAUUCUCAAGCUUCGCGUCCGAGCGUAUUGGUGGUCGCGCAACCGGCGACUCCGGGUCUAUCUCGACUCCCCGGCACCAAGGUCGAGUGCAAGCGUUUGCGCGCUGUUCUGUCUGCGUCCACAAGCACAUUCUUGGAGCAAACAGAGGGAACGGUGGAGAACAGUCUAGUUGCACUACGCAAGCACCCCUGGAUACAUCUCGCCUGCCAUGGCUCGCAGAACACAGCCGAUCCAACACAAAGCGCCUUCGCGCUGUACGACGGCCCUCUUACUCUAUCCGCACUCAUGAGCACAACGGCAGACAAUGCCGAGCUCGCAUUCCUCUCGGCAUGUCAGACUGCCGUCGGAGAUGAGAAAGUGCCCGAGGAGUCCGUGCAUCUCGCGGCGGGGAUGUUGGCUGUUGGGUUUAAGGGCGUUGUUGCGACUAUGUGGUCUAUUGGAGAUGCGGAUGCGCCCGUCGUUGUGGAGGCGUACUAUAAGACGCUGCUCGAGCAUCGGAACGCUGGUGAGGGUGUGGGAGAGGGAACGGGAGCGGCGUAUGCGCUGCAUGAGGCUGUCAAGGUUUUGCGGAGUCGCGUGGGGGAGAACAGUUUCGUGAGAUGGGCGCCUUUCGUUCACUUCGGUAUCUGA